AUGCAAACAUCAGAUCAUAGUAAUAAUACAGAUUGUAAUAAUAGUAAUAGUAAUAAUAGUGAUAUAUCGAAUAAUAACAAUGCAUAUAUAACAAAAAAUAAAGUUAAUGAAGAGUUAUAUUAUCCAUUCGAUAUAAAUUAUUCAAUCAAAAAGAUAGAUUUGUUGUUAAGUUCAUUAUUAUAUAACAGUAAAAAUGAAAAUAUUAAACAAUGUACAGAUUGGAUAGUUAGAUUACCACCAUUUUGCAGUAGAUUACAGGCAGGCUAUAAUUGUGGAUUUGUAGCAUUAAGAAUGGCAAUAGAGUAUUUGGAUAGAUCAUUUCUAGAAAAAGAAUACAUUUCAGAGUUAUUUUUAACAGCAAUCAUGAAAGGGUACACAAAAGAAGGUGAGAUGUUUUCAGCUUUUCACUUAUCAGAAAUUUCAAAUUUAAUAUUUAAUAAUAUAGAUUUUAGUUAUAUUAAAACUACAGUCGAACAGCACCCAACAGCAGCCGAUAUUUUAAAUCAGUUAUCAAAUGGUAAGCCAAUACUUGUACCCUAUGAUGCUGAUCAAAAUUGGAGACCAUGUUCUGGUGGUGGAAAAAAAGCCCACUGGGCUAUGGUCAUAGGUUUUGUAAUACCAAAUUUAAAUAAAUAUAAUAAUAGCAGUAAUAAUAAUAGUAACGGUAAUAAUAGUAAUGAUAAUAGUAAUAAAAAUAUUUGCCCAAUAAAAUAUAAACUUAAAAUAAAAAAUAGUAACAGUAAUAAUAAAAGUAGUAGCUAUAUAGAUUAUAACGGUUAUUAUGAAGAAAGCCCUUAUGAUAAUAGUUGCAAUUUAAUGUUAACAGAUGAAAAAUAUAGAGAUAGAUAUAUGAUUUUAAAUAAUACAAGUAAUAAUAUAAACAAUAACAAUAACAAUAACAAUAACAACAACAACAACAAUAACAUCAUUAAUAAUAAUAUGGUUUUAAAAUUUUAUCAAAAACUAAACAAUAGUUUUAAUAGAUUAUCAUUUAUAGAUGAUGAUUAUGAUCAAGACGAUGAAGACGAUUUAGAAAAUGUAGAUGAUAACGAUAACAAAAAUAAAGCAAAAACUUUAAAUCCUGAUGAAAUCUUUUUAUUAUGCCAACAUGGUAAAAGUCAAAUAAUUCAACUUUGGGAAUUAACAACAUUAUUAGAAUCAAAUAGUUCCUUAUCUAAAUUUCCAGAUGAACGAAGAGAUGAUUCAAGAUGGAUUAUUCCAAAUGAUUUAUCAGAUUUAAGAAAUAAAUGGUUGUUUUUUAAUAAAUAA